GUCUCUUUUACCAUGAAGUGCAUAGAUCAUGAAAAUCAUGAAGAAGCUUCCUUUAACGAAACCAAAAAUGUCCAAGUUUUUUGCAAUUACCCAUCAACCCAAAUCCCAUCUCCCCAAUCACCUUAAACCACCCAAAGCAAACCAAACCCUCAAAAGAUAUCUCAACUCCAAUUGCAACACCAAAGCCAUCCUCUUCUUUAGAGAAUUAGUAAGACACAGCCCUUCUUCUAUUGAUAGCUUCUCUUUCCUUUUUGUCCUUAAAGCUUGCACCAAAAAGCCUUUCUCACUCGAAGGCAAACAAUUGCAUACCCAAGUCAUAAAAUUUGGGUUUCACCCCAUCAUUCAUCUCCAAACAUCGCUUAUAAACUUCUAUUCAGCAUCAGGGAAUCUUCUUGAUGCACACUACAUGUUUGAUGAAAUACCCUCCAAAAAUAUCAUUUCCUGGACCUCCUUGAUUUCGGCUUACGUUGUCAACCAGGAACCCCAAAAAGCUGUAGAGCUAUUCAGGAAGAUGCAAAUGCUCUAUGUGGAACCUGACCAAGUGACAAUAACGGUUGCUCUCUCUGCCUGUGCUGAUCUUGGUGCACUAGAAAUGGGAGAGUGGAUUCAUGCGUACGUUCGUCGAAAACCGGAGCUCAAGGCAGACUUGAGCCUUAACAAUGCUCUCAUAAACAUGUAUGCAAAAUGUGGUGAGAUUGAAACUGCAAGGAAAUUGUUUGAUAGCUUAGGAGAAAAGGAUGUUACAACCUGGACUUCCAUGAUCGUUGGGCAUGCAUUGCAUGGACAAGCAAAUGAAGCUCUUGAACUUUUUUGUAAAAUGGAAGAAAUAGGAAAAAAGAAUAGCAAGAAUCAGGAAGAGGGUAAUCGUGGAAGUUCAAUAAUUCUUCCUAACGAUGUUACUUUUAUUGGGGUUUUGAUGGCUUGUAGCCAUGGAGGAAUAGUUGAGGAAGGAAAGAAAUAUUAUCGAAGUAUGAGUGAAGAUUAUGGUUUGAAACCUAGAGAUGUUCAUUUUGGUUGCAUGGUUGAUCUUUUUUGCCGAGCUGGGCUGCUAAAAGAAGCUUAUAAUUUCAUUUUAGAGAUGCCAGGUCAGGCUAAUGCGGUAAUGUGGAGGACAUUGCUGGGAGCUUCUAUUCUGCAUGGAGAGAUUGAGCUUGGUGAAAAAGUUAGGUGCCAAUUGCUGGAGUUGGAGCCUGGACAUGUUGGGGACAAUGUUGCUAUGUCCAAUAUCUAUGCUGCCAAAGGUAUGUGGGAUAAGAAAGUGAUAGUUAGAGAUCAGAUAAAACAGCUGAGAAGGGCUCCCGGCUGUAGUUCAAUUGAGGUAUCUAGUUAUAUCAGCGAGUUUGUCUCUGGAGAUGAUGAUCAUCCUUUGAAGGCUGAUAUAUAUGAAGCCCUCAAAUAUUUGACUAUCAUAAUCAAAGCAUAUGGUUAGUCUCCUGAAAUUUCAAGCCUGCAAGAGUACCGACCAAGAAAAUUGUUUCAGACUAGGAUCCAGUAAGAUUGGCUUCAGUGAUAUUGAAAAUGGUGGUGACGGUGUGAUUGAAUAUUGUUAUGAUGAAAUAUGUAUUUGAAUGCAAAAAUAAGGUGGUGGUAAAGUGAAAAUAAAAAUGACAAUUAAAUACAUUAAUCUAAAAGUAUACUUCUUGGUGGAUAUUCUCUGCCAAUGGAAAUUUAUAAUACUUUGAAUUGCAUUAAGUCUUUAGGAUCCUGGAACAGUGAGUUUGGGCUUUAUUAAAUUUGCCUAUCCUCUGUUGGAGCUUUUCUCAGUAAGACUAAAAAUCCAAGGUUUUGCAGCCCCAAAAGAUGAAAAGCUUUGACUGAAUUCUCCCCAAACGAGAGCCCAUGUAGAAUUAUAGUUCGUAUGAAGAAUGAAGAAGAGCCAUAAGAAUAUUAACAACGUCAUAAAGCAUUGCUGAUCCUUGGAACCCAGCAAGUCCUGCAACCUCUUCAAAUCAUACAGAGGAGACUAUGAAAGAAAUGGUGCUCGGGCAAAAUCGGCUAUAGUAAGGCAAAUUUGGGUGCUGCACCAAGGUCAGUUUUUGCAUACGCGGAAAACCUCGUACUUGUGGAAGGCACCUGCUGGAAAUGGGAAUCGGAUUUUAAGGCCCUCGAAAGAAGACUGUUUAUCUUCUAUAUUGCUUUAUGCUAUGGCUGGGGUGUGGUGCACCAAAAUGCGGGGCUUGAACAGAUGACAAAAGCUGGUAUGACAUUCAUAGUUGCACCAAGUAUGCUUAGGCAAGAUUUUUAUGACAAAAGACAGACA